AUGAAGUUCUCGCUCCCUUUCUGCCUUGCUCUGGUUACAUACAUCACGCCCGCCUUGGCUGAUGGUGUGGCUGCGGAUGUGAAUAUCAGAUACGUCGAUGGAGAAGAUGAACAAAUCAGUAUCUUCUCCGACACUGGCUGCUACGACACUGUCAACCCCACUACCUCGGUGAGAAGCAUUGAUGUCAGCCAAGUGGAUGAUCGCCCCAAGUGCAUCUUUUACACGGAUCCGGGCUGCAAAGGUGACGACUGGACUAUCGAAGUCCCUAAGAAUUCCGAGACCGGAACGAAGACACAGAGAUUCAGCAGGUCAUUCAUUGUGGCGAGCUUGGAGUGCUUUAAGGCUGAGUAG